UUGAGCGAGGUGAAAAACCGGAAGGAAAUUUCGCUCUGUCACAGGCUGCCGUCGUGGCCCGUGGUCUCAACCGAGGGGCGAUGGAUGGUCACUGUCGCAGCGACACGAACGAGCUCAGCUCGUGGUUGAGUAAGCGGAAGUCGUGGGAUGCUUUGUUCGAAGCGCGUGGGUAGGAGCGAACAAGAAGGGACGACGUGUCGUACAGAGAGCUGCAGGGAGAGGAGAGAGAGAACUUUGUUGCCUCUGAGGUUUCUGGAACUACCAAAUUGAGUCUCCCGACGAUCAACCAUCGUCACAGUACGUGGGUCAUCGUGAACUCAAUCUGCUCGUGGAAGUGCGACGGGAAGACAUCUUUUCCUCUGUGUCCAUCCCCUCUCCUCGACGCAAACCACUUUCGCCGCGCAUUGUUAUAAGCUGACACGCACGCCCUGCAAGCCAUCGAUCGCCGUUGCAGCACGUGUGGCCCGUCCGGAGGAGCUGGAAACUUUUGCUUGAGAGCUUGUUCGCCGACGUCGUUGACUUUGGCGGGGACGUCCCCUUCGCUCGCAGGACGCUCUGUCAGCUACCUCCGUAGAGUCAGAGCCCACCCAGUGUGCAGCAUCAGCGCCAUUCAUCCGCCGGCCGCUCACGCCUCGGUAGACAUACAGUCUCCGUUGCUGCAAGAAGCGCACUUGCACUCCUGGACAUCAUCCUCCCGCGCGCGCACACGACUGCCGCCCUACCCACGAUCGCCGGACCAGGUUGAGCUCGACUCGACACCGCCAUUGAACGCGCCCGCCGAGACCGGGAAAAAGCCAGCCAAACAGCAGUGGUGCAGCUGCGCAGCAGGCACACCACCGCCGGGCGUCGACCGCCAGCGCAUUCAGAGGCCGCCAGUUGGACGUGGACUGGCGCUGGGAGCCCAUAUCCCGUGCCUCUGCAGGCACACCACCAGAAACAACCUUAGACAACCUUAUCCGAGCCCGGAAGCGCCAUGAACUCGAUCAAACGAGCUUUCAAGGCCGAUGCCGCCGAGCAGCACGCCCAAGUGCAGGGCAGCUUGCAGGGAAGUCCAAGUCAGCCCACUGACGCCGACCUGAAAGACGUCCAACGCGCACAGCAACGGGACGACCUCCAUCCCGAAGCGCAACAAGAGUUGGCACAACUGCGAAAUACGCUGCAGAACAACAUCCAGUCGUCGCGCAUGCAGCAUCAUGCCUUUGAGCCGCUAUCCCUGCCCGGCUCGCAACCAGUGUCACGAGUCCCUUCGGGCUCCGCGACUCCCUCCCGGCGAUUUGCCUCAGGCUCCGUAGAGGCCUCCCCCAAGCCAUCGCCGCCGACAUCUGCUGUGCACUCGCCGCCGCUGACUCCAGCUGCCAGUCGCUCUCGAGAUGGCGGUAGAGCUCCUACAAGCGCCCCCGCUGUGCGGCCGCCUGGUGAUAUCAUGACUCCUCAGCGGUCAGCAUCGCCAGCACGGAACGAGAAUAUCGCCGGUCCCGUCUCAAGUCAUCCAAAGCAACAGCCAUCUCAUUCCCUUGGCCCUUCUGGCGACUCACAGCCUACGUCAAAGGACGUCUCUCCUAAUGGCACCCCUGCGAGCACUGCUCCCGGCACUCCACGGCCCUUUACACCAUCAGAGGGAAAGCCGCAAGGCCUACGUCAAUCGCAGCUAGCACAAUCAGAGAGUGGUCAGUCGAAGAGAAACAGCUUCAGAUUCGGCGACAGAGAUCCAUCUGUCGGUUUCACAACUUCCGGUACUGGUCCGUCAUUGCCCGCUGUGCCUGGCGCCGCGAACCCGAUGCCCAUGGCACGAUCGGGAUCAGGUACGACCUUAGACCAAGCAAAGCACGCUUUGGCGGACGACAACAGCAGCAAACGAUCCAGCUUCUUCGGCGGGAAGAAAGACCACAGCAGCAACGAUAGCUCAUCCACGCUCGUGGAGAAGGGCCACUCGCAUUCCAGUUCGAAGUCGAAUUUGAAGCGAUUUUUCAAGUUUGGCGGAAAGGACAAGCAUGAGAAGGAGGAGAAAGAUUCACAUAGAGGCUCAAAGGACGGAACGAAGACACCCUCGCGCAGUACUACUGGCGAUGGCCCCAGCGUACCGUUCGCGGAUGACCACGGCAUUCAGUCCAAGUAUGGUAAAUUUGGCAAAAUGUUGGGCUCUGGAGCCGGAGGAUCUGUGCGAUUGAUGAAGAGGAGCGGCGAUGGAACAGUCUUCGCCGUGAAGCAAUUCCGCGACCGACACGCUUACGAAUCCGAACGAGAGUACAACAAAAAGGUCACGGCCGAGUUCUGCAUCGGAUCCACCUUGCACCACGGAAACGUCAUCGAAACAAUUGAUAUCGUGCAAGAGAAGGGCAAAUGGUACGAGGUGAUGGAGUAUGCGCCAUUCGAUCUCUUUGCGACGGUCAUGACGGGGAAGAUGGGACGAGAGGAAGUGACAUGUUCAACGCUCCAGAUUCUAAGCGGUGUGCUUUACCUGCACAGCAUGGGUCUUGCGCACCGAGAUCUGAAACUGGACAAUGUCGUGAUUAACGAGCACGGCAUCAUGAAGCUGAUCGAUUUCGGUUCUGCAGUGGUGUUCAGAUACCCGUUUGAGGAGGACAUCGUGUUGGCGACAGGUGUUGUUGGAUCUGAUCCCUACCUUGCGCCUGAGGUAUAUGAUCACUCGCGAUACGAUCCUCGUCCGGCGGAUAUCUGGUCAAUAGCCAUUAUUUUCUGUUGUAUGACGCUUCGCAGAUUCCCGUGGAAAGCUCCGAGGCUGUCCGACAACAGCUACAGACUUUUUGUCUCUCCGCCAGACCCUGACCAGGACAAGCUGCUCGACCAGCAUCGACGGUCCGUGGCUUCGAAAGCGGCGACAGCUCCGCCUUCGCGUAAUCCUAGUGGGAACGACGAAGACGGGAAUGAUGGCCACAAGGAUCACAAACAUCAUCAUCACCAUCAUCACCGAGAGACGACGGCGGAGAGUGCUCCUGCCAGCAGGACUUCGACAUCUGAGCAACCGACAAUCAAGGGGCCAAUCCGAUUGCUCCGACUACUCCCACGAGAGACGAGGCAUAUCAUCGGCCGCAUGCUUGAGCUUGAUCCGGCGAAGCGAGCGACAAUGGAUGAGAUCCUGGCCGAUCCGUGGGUGGCGAACGCGCUGGUGUGUCGACAAGAAGAAAAUGGCGUGAUCAUCAAGGCGCCGAAUCACACACAUGCACUGCAACCGAGCAAUGCGAGUGGGUGAGCGUGCAGCACGCAUAUGAAAACGAUGAUUGUGACCGUGCUUGGCUCAGACAAGCGGGCAGCUUUGACCAAUUCACCUCUUCGGGCCGUAGCCUAUGAAGCGCUCACUUUCGAGUGCUUACUCUGAUGCGCAGACGGAUGACUGCGCUCUGGAACGGGCAGCGAAAUCACAUUCCGACUCAACCUGUCGGGGUUGAGAGAAAAUGACACAAAAUUCUUGUUUAUAUUAUUUUUCCGCGUGAAAUUUGGCUGAGCUUCAACAACAGCGAAGCGAAAGCAAGAGGCGUCUUGCCAAAAGAUUGAUACUUGAAGGAGGGUUAGUGAGUCUUGUUCCUGGGGUUAUUCCGCCAGAAUGAUUGAAGAUUCAAAGAAAGGAGCUUUUGCGCGUGGGUUUCGGUUUUUGGAAGAAGACUCUACACUCCGCUUUUGAGACAAAUUCGACACGCAAGGAAGCAUGCAAUUGAUGGGAUGCAAGUGAUGGGAUUAUGAACUAUGGAGCGACGGCCGGUGAUGCAUCUGUUUUGCGUUGGGUUUUGGGUAAUGGAAUUGUGGUGGGAUAGGAAGUGGUGGAGGAGAAUGGAAGUUCGAGAAGGCGAAGAGGGCAGGCAGGAGAGGACGAAUUCCGUGAUGUUUUCAUGCAGCGAAUGUAAAAAGAAAAAGAAUGUAAAAGAAACUCGAUACUUGACUUGCUCGAACUUCAAGUUGCUUGACAUUUUUGCUGGCGAUUGUGUGGUUUGUUUGAGCAUUCGGGUCUUCAGAUUAUGCUGUGAAACAGAGAUUUGCGCGUGGCACGAAUGUGGGAGCAUGAAGUACGUGUAGACGGAUUCUUGCUUGACUUGGCGUGAUAAGGCGUGCUGCGCGCGCUGGACGGGAGUAUUGUAUCUGCGUUCUAGGCGAAUGACUACGCACAUCAUGCUCAUUAGGACUAACGCGAUGAAGUGGUUGGUGUUUCAACGACUUAGUGGGGAUUGUGCGAGCAGGUGUUCGGAUUGUUUCCAUGAAUUGUCGGAACCGCCGUCGUGCAGCGGUUGUUGCAAGGGUAUAUGUAGGGUUGGGAGCUCGAGCGGCCGUUUUCUCUACGAUGCCGUUUGAGUUGGACAGUUGCAAACGUUGUACUUGUAUUUGCAGUUACCUUCUUUGGGUGCCGGUUUGGAGAUGUUAUUUCGUUGCUUUGGCGAUUGUGGAGAUUUAUUGUGUGUUGUCUACUGUUGGCAACAUUUGAUUUGAUGGUGAUCUUCGUUGGGCAGUGCUCUGUGAUGCUUGCGUGAGUAUGUGGCACAAGACAACGUGCAAAUCCCAUAGCUGGAGCUAGGUAGCUGGGAGCUGCCGUGGCGUGCUACCUCCUAUCAGCACCAAUGGGCUGAAGGCCUAGACGCUGAAAGUUUCCGUGCGGCGUAUGAUAUGCAUGAUACAGAUACGGAGCUGUUGCGCGAGACAAUCAUGCCAGCCUUGCUCGUUUCGUCUCCUUUCACAUGAGAGUGUUGGAUGGAUUGGGGGAGGUGCGUUGAUAGCGAGUCGUUGCUUGCAGUGCUGUACGAGGAUCGGGUGUGAGCUAUCUGUUGGAGUCACAAAGUACCGAAUCCUCUCCCUAGGUUAGAGGUGAGAAGUG